AUAAAAACCACAACUUCUCAAUCAUCUCUAUCGACUCUUACCAGCUUAAAUAAGCUUCCGGUACCAACUUUUCAAAAUGAAGUUCACUCUCGUCCUUGCAACCUUUGCCGCUGUCGUCUACGGCCAAACCAUCGACGAUGUUCCCGCAUGUGCCGUUCCUUGCAUUGAGGCUGCUAUUGUAGCUGCUGGUUGCGCUGAAACCGACUUCGUAUGCGCUUGCAAAAAUUUCGAUGCUAUUGAGGCCGGUUCUAUCAACUGUGUUGUUGGGGCUUGUGGCGCUGCUGUCGCCAUUGGCCAAGUUCUGCCUGCUGUCCAAGCUAUUUGUGCCGCUCAGUGAACUCAUUUACCAGGAGCGAGAACAUUACAUGCCCGGGUGAAAACUCUUUUGUAUCUAACGAAAUAAGUACAUAGCCGAAUGGGAUAAAUAAAUAAAUAACCAUACUACUUGGC